GGAGGGAGGGAGGGAGCUGGGGGGACAACCCCCCACCAUUCGUACCGCUAUGGGCCCAGCCUCCCACUCUCACCUCCCCUCCAUCGGCCGGGGCUAGGACACCCCCAAAUCCUGUCGCCCCCUUGGCACCGACACCCCGACUGAGGCAGAGACACAGCCACCCGCCACCACCGCUGCCGCAGCCUGGCUGGGGAGGGGGCCAGCCCCCCAGGCCCCCCACCCCACUGAGGUGACCAGAAUGGAGCUGUGGCCAGGGGUGUGGCCUCUACUGCUGCUGCUCUCCCUGCUGCUGCCCACUCUGUGGUUCUGCAGCCCCAGUGCCAAGUACUUCUUCAAGAUGGCCUUCUACAAUGGCUGGAUCCUCUUCCUGGCUGUGCUCGCCAUCCCUGUGUGUGCCGUGCGAGGACGCAACGUCGAGAACAUGAAGAUCUUGCGUCUGAUGCUGCUCCACAUCAAAUACCUGUACGGGAUCCGAGUGGAGGUGCGAGGGGCUCACCACUUCCCUCCUUCACAGCCCUACGUUGUUGUCUCCAACCACCAGAGCUCCCUCGACCUGCUUGGGAUGAUGGAGGUACUGCCAGGCCGCUGUGUGCCCAUUGCCAAGCGCGAGCUACUGUGGGCCGGCUCUGCCGGGCUGGCCUGCUGGCUGGCGGGAGUCAUCUUCAUUGACCGGAAGCGCACUGGGGAUGCCAUCAGUGUCAUGUCUGAGGUCGCCCAGACCCUGCUCACACAGGAUGUACGGGUCUGGGUUUUUCCUGAGGGCACGAGAAACCACAAUGGCUCCAUGCUGCCCUUCAAACGUGGCGCCUUCCACCUCGCAGUGCAGGCCCAGGUUCCCAUUGUUCCCAUAGUCAUGUCCUCCUAUCAAGACUUCUACUGCAAGAAGGAGCGCCGCUUCACUUCAGGGCGAUGUCAGGUACGGGUGCUGCCCCCAGUGCCCACAGAAGGGCUGACACCAGAUGACGUCCCAGCUCUGGCCGACACAGUCCGACACUCCAUGCUCACCGUUUUCCGGGAAAUCUCCACUGAUGGCAGGGGUGGUGGUGACUAUCUGAAGAAGCCUGGAGGGGUGGGCGAGGCCCAGCUCUGAGCUCCCUUCCCAUCUACCCCCACCCCCCACCGCCGUCUCCACACCUACCAGCCCAGUGGGCCCGAAGCUGGGCCAAGCCCUGUUCCUCAUUUCCCCUCUCCCCACCUGUUCUCUCCUUUGGAAUCUUCAACUUCUGAAGUGAAUGUGGUUGCAGAACCGCUCCCUGCCCCCUUCCCAGCACCGCCCCCCAACAGACUCUUGCCUAGGUGCGGCCUCCACUCUGAACCCCACCUUCCGUGCCAUCCUGUCUGUGGGACAGUUGCCGCCCCCUCAUCUUCAGUGGUUCAGCCUACACAAGGGUAGGAACACUCCAUUCUGUCCCCAGUGGACCCUCUUCCUUUGUGGUCUUCUCUACCUCUCCACCCCACAUUGGCCAGUGGAUUCAUCCAUUCUGUGGAACAAUUUCUUACUCCCAUGUCCACGGAUUCAGUGGACUCAUCCAUUUGUGAGGACGACUCCUCACGCUGUGGCUGGAAGCUGAUGCCUGGAAUACUUCUCCCAGGCUCAUCCUGGAAACAUUCCUCAGCACCUUCUCCCUCCUUCCCGUGGAGCCUCCUGUCAGUGGGGGCUGGACUCUGUCACUCAGAGGUCUCAUCCCUGCCCUUGUCCAAGUGCCCAGGGUUGAGCACACUCUUGGAUGCCACAUUUCUGCUUCCCCUCAUCCCCUGGGUAUAGUUGUUCAGUGGUCCUGGCCCCACCAAGCCCCCUACAGCCCUGCUGUACCAUUCUAACCAGACACAAGGGGAAGAGGCAGACAUCAGGUGCUGCACUCACUUCACCCUGGGGAGUUGGGGAAAGGAACUGAACCCUGGCUGGAGGGGAUGGGAGGGCUUUUAAUUUAUUUCUCUUUCUUUUGAGGCUUCCCCUCUCUGAGCCAGUUUUCAUUUCCUCCCUGUGGCAUUAGCCACUCCCUGCCUCCCACCCCAGACCUGUGCUCACAACCACGGAGGUGGGCUGGGAGCAAAAGGAGAGGGUGGGACCCAGUUUUGCGUGGUUGAUUUUUAUUAAUUAUCUGGAUAACAGCAAGAAACCGAGAAUAAAGAUUGAGAGAGAUCUGGGCA